CAGGAAAAGGAAACUUCAGAGAAAACGAAACUACUUGGGAAAGAAAAGGCCCACUGAGCACUGUCCAGCCGUCCGGACCGCUGCUCGCUCCAUCCUGGCACCAUGAACCGCACUUUCCAGACCUUUGUCAGUGGCGCCCACACUGGUGUCCCCCCGACCUAUGAGAUGCUCAAGGAGGAGCAUGAGGUGUCCGUGCUGGGGGCACCGCAGAGCUCAGCUCCCGUGACGACCACUGUGAUCAACAUCCACAGCGAGACGUCUGUGCCCGACCACAUCGUCUGGUCCCUGUUCAACACGCUCUUCAUGAACUGGUGCUGCCUGGGCUUCGUGGCCUUCGCCUACUCCGUGAAGUCUAGGGACCGGAAGAUGGUGGGCGACGUGACUGGGGCCCAGAGCUAUGCGUCCACCGCCAAGUGCCUGAACAUCUGGGCCCUGGUCUUGGGCCUCUUUCUGAGCACCGGAUUCAUCGUUCUCAUGGGAUUUGCCUGCCUGACACUCUACCAGAUAAUUGUAAAGGCCAUGCAGGACGGCAGAGGCUACUUCUAGCUGCCCAUGGGCACAGCCCCGUCCCCAUCAUGCCCUGCUGGCCUCAGAUGCUGGGGCUUUGGCCCUGCCCACUUGCCCAUACCCUUUUCUACAGCAGUUUUUGCAGACAUACCCGUCUACACCUGGAUUCAAUAAAGUGCACUUGCCUGUGA